CAAGGAAGAGGCGCCAGGAAGUGCUUGCAUAUAUACAGGUCUCCUUAGCGUCUUUCUCAGAGGCAGAGGAGGGAGACUUCUGAAGAGCACGGUAGCCAGAGCCACAGCCUUCCAGCACCGCUAAGAAGCACUCCACAAUCAUGAGCGAGAGCACCAGGAAGGCCUUAGAGAGCUGCCUAUGGCAACUGAAAUGCCAUUUCACCUGGACCUUGGUGGAUGGAGAAAAGUCCCUGGAUGAUUUUGAAGACAAGGUGUGCGAUGUAACUGAAUUCCAGAACAAUGAGUUCAAAGCCACAGUCUUCAACAUACUGGCCUACAUAAAACACCGCAGAGGCCACAACAAGGCAGCCCUGGAAUGCCUCCAGCAGGCAGAGGAGCUGAUCCAGCGGGAGCACUCUGAUCAAGCAGAGAUCCGGAGUCUGGUCACCUGGGGUAACUAUGCCUGGGUCUACUAUCACCUGGGCAGAUUUGCAGAUGCUCAGAUUUACGUGGACAAGGUAAGACGAGUAUGUGAGAAGUCUCACAGCCCCUACAGCUUAGAGAGCCCUGAACUAGACUUCCAGGAGGGGUGGGCCCGGUUACAGUGUGGCAGGCAGCACAACGAGAGGGCCAAGGUGUGCUUUGAGAAGGCUCUGGAAAGGAAUCCCAAGAACCCAGAAUUCAUCUCUGGACUAGCCAUUGCGAGCUACCGGUUGGAGACCUGGCCACUGCCUCAGAAUCCCAUCAACCCUCUGAGGUGGGCCAUUCGGCUGAAUCCUGACAACCAAUAUGUGAAAGUCCUUUUGGCUCUGAAACUUCAAAAGAUGAAGGAAGAAGGGGAAGGGGAGAGUCUUAUUGAGGAAGUGCUGGAGGAAAACUCAUGUGCAACAGAUGUGCUUUGUGGAGCAGCAAAACUGUAUCAAAGAAAAGGAGCACUGGACAAAGCUGUCGAACUGCUAAAAAAGGCUCUAGAAGGCAUGCCAAACAAUGCCUACCUGCACUGGCAUAUUGGAUGCCUCUAUAGGACAAAAGUCCUCGACCUAUUGCAGGACAUAGGAAAGAAUGAAAUGUAUGGGAAGAGAGAGAAGUUAGAAGAAGCCAUGGGACAAGCUGUGUAUCAUUUAAAGAGAGUGGAUGAGGCCAGUGCAAACCUAUCCUGUGUCUGCUCCUAUCUGGCCUGCCUCUAUGCCCAAGCAGGUCAGUACGACAAAGCAGAGCACUACUUCCAAAAAGAAUUCAGCAAAGAGCUUUCUCCUGGAGCCAAACAAGUGCUCCAUCUGCGUUAUGGCAACUUCCAGCUGUAUGAAAUGAAAAACGAAGACAAGGCCAUCCAUCAUUUCAUACAGGGCAUGAAAAUAGACCAGAAAUCAAAGGAGAAAGAAAAGAUGAAAAAUAAGCUGCAAAAAAUUGCCUGUAUCAGACUUUCUAAAAACAGAACUGAUUCCGUGGCCUUGCACCUGUUGGCGUUUCUUCAGGAGCUGAAUGGAGAAAUGCAGCCAGCAGAGAACUCUGAGAGGCAUCUGGACUCUAGAAGCUUCAUCCCCCCAGCAUCUUUCGCUGAGGAAUGAGGAAUCAUGAUAAUGGUGCCCAUGGGAUGAUGGAGGGGAGGGAACAGAAACCCCUCCGCCAACUGGGUAUUCACGAUAUUUGACAAGUGGUACUGUGGGGUAGGCAUGGGCUGAGCUGCUGGCUAUGGGUCUAGACCAGGUUUGUGGAGGAAACUGCUGGGCCAAGUGUUAACAUAUGAAUUGCUCAGGGAGUUCUGACAGGGAGUAGAUUGGAUGGGGCAGGGCCCGGGGCUUGGUAAGGGGGCUACUUCCCAUUGACGUCUUGGGAGCAAUUUGCAUUAUGACAUUCCCUUAGUCAUCCUCCAUGGGGUGAUGCCCUGGGUUUGUCUCUAUGUUUAUAUAAAGCAGCCAGAUCCCUCACAUCUGUAACACUGUGGUCCAUUUUUGUAAUAUUUUUCCACCCUUGGAGUCAUUUUAGAUCUUGUACAGUUUGGCCCUGCAUAGACAGUAACGUGCUGUGUCCCUUCAAAGGCUGGAGGACCAAAGCCUCCAUAAAGCUAGGAAUCCCCUGUCCUUCACUUCUGCGUCCUCCCCAGACAGUCCUCAAUCUAGACUGUCCUAGAAAGCUUGAGUUCAAUUGUCCCAUUAUGUGAGAUGGGAACGUAGUUUGAAAAAAAGAGAGCAGAGAACAGGCUGAACUUAGAAGGAACAUAUCCAAGACAAGCAAUGGGGUUAGGCAAUCAGGGUUCAAGAGUUUCAGGAGGCACAUGGGUAGAUUUUGCCUCCAUCCUGCUCUCCCUAUGUUACAGCAAAUGAAUAAAAAGGGAGAUUCUGUACAACAUGCCAGAAAGUAAAAUAAUACAUUUAUUUAAAAUGUCUGGAAAAGGGAUCCCUGGGUGGCGCAGCGGUUUAGCGCCUGCCUUUGGCCCAGGGCGCGAUCCUGGAGACCCGGGAUCAAAUCCCACGUCGGGCUCCCGGUGCAUGGAGCCUCCUUCACCCUCUGCCUGUGUCUCUGCCUCUCUCUCUCUCUCUCUCACUGUGUGCCUAUCAUAAAUAAAUAAAAAUUUAAAAAAAUUUUAAAAAAAUAAAAUAAAAUGUCUGGAAAAAUAAAUGUCAUGCCAGUAGGGAUGGGGACUGAGUAGACAAAAGAGAGAAACAGAGAAGAAUGCUGGUUUGUUCUUAAAGACUGUAAAUCAUAUGGAGAAAAAUUUCACUUUCUUGGCCACUGUUAGGAAAAUUUCCUUGUAAGCUGAAGACUUGCUUUGCUCAAACAUGCUUGGCUGAGCCCAAGUCCAAGGUGAUAGGAAAGCAGCAGAACAGAAGACUCAUUUGGAUGCCAAGGACCUAGUGAAAGACCUUGUAAAGUGACAUCACUAAUGGAGAGUUUUCUCCCCCAAUUAGACGUGUUAUAUAUUAGGUGAUAACAAAACUUUUUGCCCUGAAAAUCUUCAAGGAAACCACAAAAUUCAUGGUUUGUUUGGGGUGAUUGGGGUUUUCUAGGUGAAUACUGAAUGGCCAAUGAUAUCAGUUUUAGUGUGAAUCAAAACAGAGCUGACCCAGCACAAACCCUCAGUCACCCUCUGGGUUGCAAAAUAUUUGCCUAUUCACAUUAUUUUAAAUUUAAAUAGUGAUUACCAGGAGCUGAGGGUUGGGAAAUAGGAGACAUGUCUUUUAAGGGUAAAAACUUACAAAUAAUAAAUAAGUCCUGAAGAUCUAAUGUAUAGUAGACAACAACGUUGUAUUAUAAUCAUCAUACUUGCUAAGUUAGGGCAAGAUCUUGAUUAUUCACACCACAGCAAAGAAAUGAUAAAUAUAUAACACAAUAGAGGUGAUAACUAUCACUACACUCAUAUUACAAUAUAUAAAUGUAUCAGAUGACCCUUAAAUUUGCGCAGUAUUAUAUGUAAAAUGUAUUUCAAUGAAAUUAAGUAUAUAUUAACAUUUUUAUUAAGCAGUUAAAACAUAUAAACUUUGGGAUUUUUUUAAAUUAAAAAUUCAACUACUGUAAUGGUUUUCAUGUUGUUUUCUGUAUUAAAAAUCAUGUUGUGUGCGCCGAGAUCACCAGUACGCAUAGUAUGGAUUCCUGAAAAAAUCUAUAGAUUUAAUUAAUAAAUAACUUAGAGGUGAUGGAACAU